CGGACGUGGGCGGGGAGGGGGCGUGGCCCGGCGGCCUCCCGCACCGGCGAGGUGAAACCUGCUGGAGUUCCGGCGGAUGGCCGGUGCUGACGGCCCGCACCUUCACCAUGGCCUCGGCCGAGCUGGACUACAGCAUCGAGAUCCCGGAUCAGCCCUGCUGGAGCCAGAAGAACAGCCCCAGCGAAGGUGGGAAGGAGGCCGGGAAGCCGCAGCCCGUUGUGAUUCUCUUGGGCUGGGGUGGAUGCAGGGACAGGAACCUGGCCAAGUAUAGCGCCAUCUAUCACAAAAGGGGCUGCAUUGUGAUCCGAUACACGGCCCCCUGGCACAUGGUCUUCUUCUCUGAGUCCCUGGGCAUCCCCUCCCUUCGUGUGAUCGCCCAGAAGCUGCUCGAGCUCCUCUUUGACUAUGAGAUUGAGCGGGAGCCCCUGCUCUUCCACGUCUUCAGCAACGCGGGCGUCAUGCUCUACCGCUACGUGCUGGAGCUCCUCCAGACCCAUCAGCGCUUCCGCCACCUGCACGUGGUGGGCACCAUCUUUGACAGUGGUCCCGGCGACAGCAACCUGGUCGGGGCCCUGAGGGCCCUGGCCACCAUCCUGGAGCACCGGCCCGCUGUGCUGCGCCUGUUGCUCCUGGCGGCGUUCGCGCUGGUGAUCGUCCUGUUUCACUUCCUGUUUGCUCCGUUCACCGCCCUCUUCCACACCCAUUUCUACGACAGGCUGCAGGACUCAGGCUCCCGCUGGCCCGAGCUCUACCUGUACUCCAAAGCUGAUGAGGUGGUGUCAGCCCGGGACGUGGAACGGAUGGUAGAGGCUCGCCUGGCUCAGCAGGUCCUGGUGCGCUCAGUGGACUUCGUGUCAUCUGCGCAUGUCAGCCACCUCCGGGACUAUCCUACGUACUAUACGAGUCUGUGUGUUGACUUCAUGCAUAAUUGUGUCCAGUGAUGAGAUCCUGCUCCAGAAAUAAACGCCGACACCUCCCUGUAA